GUGAACAUCAAAGCGAAGGUCCCAUUGGAAUGCUGCUGGCGGUGCUCCUCUUGUGGUGCGCGGGGGCAGCCCAUGCCUCGUCGUGGUGGGAACGGUGGAACUUUGUCCUUGGAGAUGAGCGCGUGAAGCACGUGACCAGCUACGCGUUUUCCAGCUCCACUGGCGGGGCCAUGGCGAUAUCGUUCCAGUCCCGCGUAUAUUUUUCCCGGGUGGAUGCGGUGCCGGUCGUACUGAUCUGCGACGAUGCCGCUAUGGGCUCUAUCACCUCAAACUCCAAGGACACCCUCUGCGCUCCCGCCGCCCCCUGGCGGACACAUUGCACUGCAUUUGCGUUUCGCGUUCCUGCAGACUCCCCCGCUACGCAAGAUAUUCUGGAACCCACCAGCCAAUUCGAAACCCUUCGUCGCCGCUUCUUCACCUCCCCACAGGCAUCGAUCCAAACGCAUUUCGUCCUAGAUGUAUGUGACAUCGUACAAAACGCCACCGUGGGGGUUCAGGUCACGCUCGAUUACUGGAUUUGCGAUGCUGUGUCCGGGGACUGCGCCGGGAAAAGCUACGGGUGGCACCGAGGAGUGACCAUCGCGCUCACGUUGGUGUGGACGUGGCUGGUGGGACUUUGGUUGCGACACAUCCGUCGCGGUCCUCGUCUAUGGAUCCACCUACCCCUUACGCUCCUGGCUGUGCUCAAGGUGGCCCACAAUGCCGUUGUGUGCUCAAUGUUCGACCCAGCGCAUCUCGUGGACGAACUGAUCGCCCGCGGCAGGGGUCGCGUCGCCGAUGCUUUGCAACGGGCCGUCCUAUGGCUUCUUCUCGCGGUGGUGUUUACAAUUGCCGAUGGGUUUGGCACGUUAUGGCUCAACGUUCGCGGGUGCGUCUUCGCGCUGCCUUUUAUUGGGUUUCCGGCGAUCGACGCCAACGACAACUACGGAUGGAACCCCGUGCUUGCGGGCGUCGUUGUGGCCGCCGUCGUGAUCACGUACCAACGAACGGUCCAACGUAGUGUUUUUGCAUGACAUGUUAUGGUUGUGAUGUUAGCAUGCAAU